UGGGAUUAAGGACCCUUCCCUUCUCCAAACUCCAAACGGACGGACCCCUCCUACCAUAACCAUUUACUCAUUUAUUACCAAAACGCCGUUACCCGGUAACCGUCUUUCCCGUUAAGUCACGUGCACUGCUUCAUUUCAUGGCGCUUGAGCGAUUGACUCUCGCUCCCGUCGUUCUUGACACCGGCACCGGCAACGGCGGCGAAGACCUCAACAAAGCUCCCAGGCUACCUCGCUGGACCAGGCAAGAACUUCUUGUGCUUAUCCAAGGCAAGAGAGUCGCAGAGAACCGGGUUCGCAGGGGCAGGAGCGCCGUUCUCGCUUUCGGCUCCGCUCAGGUCGAGCCCAAGUGGUCCUCCGUCUCUUCUUACUGUAAGCGUCACGGGGUUAACCGGGGACCCGUUCAGUGCCGGAAAAGAUGGAGCAAUCUCGCCGGAGAUUUCAAGAAAAUCAAGGAAUGGGAGUCCCAGAUCAAAGACGAAGCAGAAUCUUUUUGGCUCAUGAGAAACGAUUUGAGGAGAGAGAGGAAGUUGCCUGGAUUUUUCGAUAGAGAAGUCUAUGAUAUACUGGAUGGUGGAGGACCCUCUUCUGCGGAGGCGGAGGGAGACAAGUCGUUGGUUCUUUCACUAGCGCCUUCGGCUGCUGAGACAGAGAACGAGGUUGUGUUUGAUAGUGGGAGGACGGCGGCAGCGGUAGAUGAUGGAUUGUUUUCUGAUGAGGUCAUAGGUAGUCCGGAGAAAGCUCCUACCCCAAUUUCAGCGACUCAGUAUGAGCCUUUCUCACAAGAGGUUCAGGAGCAUGAUCAUCAUCAUCCAGUCCCAACAGCAGCAGCAGCAGCAGAUAAAAAAAGUUCCCCAAUAAAUCCUGAUGAAGCUGCUGAUGGAACUGCUCAUCAAGGAAGUAGUAGGAAGAGGAAGCGUCCAGCCAUAGAUGCAGAUGCAGAUGAAGAUGAAGAUGAAGAGGAGGAAAUGUCUUUACAGAAGCAACUGAUUGAAGCCAUGGAAAGAAAUGGCAGAUUGCUUAGCUCCCAACUAGAAAUCCAAAACACCAACUCCCAGUUAGACAGGGACCAACGAAAAGAUCAUGCAAAUACCCUAUUUGCUGUUCUUAAUAAGCUCGCCGAUGCCAUGGCGAUUUAUCAAGAAGAGCGAAGGAUCAGUUAA